CGGGGAGCGGGUGGCGCGGCCCAGCCCCGAAGUUCGGUUUCUGAAAAGUGCCUUUUCUGAAAACUCUGCUGCUUGGAUUCCACUCUAGAGCUGUCUCUUUAUAAGCCCCCCCUUUUCCCCCCAACCUUGACCCUGGUGUGCUUGUAGUUCACUUUUAGCAACUUGUCCAUUCUUUUUUUUCUUUGAUUCUCAGUUUUCAAAGUCAUUUUCCCUCCUGAUUUUUCAGCAAAAAAAUAAAAAAAAAUUCAGAUAUAACAUCCUUACCAAUCUUAACCUUUAAACGUGAGACAUAGGGAGAAAAACCUUUCUCCUCUUGAUCUGAGACCAUUGCACAAAUUGAAGGGCAGCCAGCGGCAUAUGCUUUUUGCAAGAAUAAUUGAAAACAUCAACUGGAGAGCCCAGAAUCCUUUUGAAAGUCUGCCAGUUAUUUGAAGUAAUUUCAGCAGCGGAACAAAAUAAAACACUCAAUAUCUUAACCUUUACAGUUGCCUUCUUAGGACUUGGUCUCUAAUUUGAUUUUUAGUCGUUCUGAUAUAAUUUUUAUUUUUUGAUUGGCUUCUUGUUUGACUAGACGGAAUUUAACUUUAAUGAAAACCUAAGUGCUAACAAAGAAACAUUUCACCAAGGCAACCUAUUAUCUCUUCACAUUUAGCUUGAAUUCAGUUUUAAUCUUUUAAAAACAGCAGUAAUAUUGUCCUAAAGAGGGUGCACUUGAUUUUCAUUUUACUUUCAAUAUGACGGCUGUCAAUGUUACCCUGGUUCGUGAUACCAAGUGGCUGACGUUAGAAGUCUGUAGAGAAUAUCAGAGAGGAACGUGCUCUCGAGCAGAUGCAGAUUGCAAGUUUGCCCAUCCGCCAAGAGUGUGCCAUGUGGAAAAUGGUCGUGUGGUGGCUUGUUUUGAUUCUUUAAAGGGUCGGUGUGCUAGAGAGAACUGCAAGUACCUUCACCCUCCUCCACACUUAAAAACGCAGCUGGAAAUUAAUGGACGUAACAAUCUGAUUCAACAAAAGACUGCCGCAGCCAUGUUCGCCCAGCAGAUGCAGUUUAUGCUCCAAAACGCUCAAAUGCCGUCACUUCCUUCUUUUCCGGUGAAUGCACCACUCGCAGCUAACCCUGCCAUGACUUUCAACCCUUACUUACCUCAUCCUGGAAUGGGCCUGGUUCCUGCCGAACUUUUACCAAAUGCACCGGUUCUGAUUCCGGGAAACCCGCCUCUCCCGGUGCCCGGAGCUGCUGGUCCAAAACUGAUGCGUUCAGAUAAACUGGAGGUUUGCCGAGAAUUUCAGCGUGGAAAUUGUACCCGCGGGGAAAAUGACUGCCGCUAUGCUCAUCCCACUGAUAUGUCCAUGAUCGAAGCGAGUGAUAAUACUGUGACCAUCUGCAUGGAUUAUAUCAAAGGUCGAUGCUCCCGGGAGAAAUGCAAGUACUUUCAUCCUCCUGCACACUUGCAAGCCAAACUCAAGGCAGCGCAUCACCAGAUGAACCACUCGGCCGCCACGGCGAUGGCCCUUCAGCCUGGCACACUUCAACUGAUACCAAAGAGAUCAGCAAUUGAAAAGACCAAUGGUGCCACCCCGGUCUUUAAUCCCGGUGUUUUUCACUGCCAACAGGCUCUGGCUAACCUGCAGCUCCCGCAGCCGGCGUUCAUCCCUGCAGGGCCAAUACUGUGCAUGGCACCCACUCCAAGUAUUGUGCCCAUGAUGCACGGUGCUACACCUACCACUGUGUCCGCAGCGACAACACCUGCCACCAGCGUUCCGUUCGCUGCAACGGCUACAGGCAAUCAGUUGAAAUUCUGAACAACAGAGGUAUGGAGUAUCAGAAUCUCUCCGUGAGAACCUCCAUUCGGCCUUUCUAUAUAUAUUCUCAUUCUCGUUUGUCCUCUUCUACCAACACGAUCAUAAGUGUGGUGCAUUCAAUCUAUUAAACAAAACAAACAUAACAACCAACUAAUUAAAAUAAAAAUAAAGCAUUACACAAUCAAUGAAGCUGUUAAAACGUAAAUAGAAAACUAAUAACUACCAUCUGUCUUAUUUGAAUUAUUAGAUAGAACAUGAUCAUAAGAAUUUGUGAUUUGUUACAUUAUUCUUUGUGAUUUUCCAGUAACCAUUAUGCUGAGUAGAUAUCCACAGUGAACUGUUGGUUUACUGGGCAUUCUUGGUGGAUAAAUGUUCGUCUUUUUUGAAGUGUUACCUUACUGUUUUGUUUACACAGUAAUCUAUUGGGUUGAUUUAGAAUGUAACAAAUAUAUCUAAUACCAUUU